AGGAAAUGUUGACUGAAAUGACGGGUGAAUUCCCGACAUUGAGUCGCGUGUUUGUGGAGGAGAGGGACACAUAUUUGGCGUAUUCCCUGUGGUUGGCCUCAUCGCCCGUCCCCAACAUGGCGUCGCCGUCGGGUAUGCGGCCCUCAGUGGUUGUGGGAGUGGUAGGCAUCGGACACGUGCCCGGAAUUGUCAAGAAGUGGGGGCAAGUCAAAGAUGAAGACAUUGCACCACUUCUCAAAAUUCCUGAGACCUCAUUGACCACUAAAGUGGUGAAGAAGUCCAUCAAAUAUACAGUCAUAGGACUGGCCGUUUGGGGCUGUUAUCGACUUCCGACGGGUCAGUUGGCCACUGAUCCGGGUGUUGGGAGUCUGGGCAGUCCGACUGACCCGGGGGUGGAGGCGCACAGGGAAUGA